AUGCCUUCGUCAGUGAGUGCUCAAGCACCGCAUGAGUCGCCACUGCCCCGAGUGCCAGAUGAAGCAAUGCUUGAGGUAUUCUUGCCUAAGAGGUCGGCGGGGACAGGUGGCGGCGGGGAGGAAAGUCCUUUUAAAACUGCUAGGCUACGCCGUGUUGCAAAUGAGCACUUGGCUGUGAAUGAUGAAGAACUUGAAGUGCCUAGCGAGUGGGAUGAUUUGGACUUUUCUUCCAAGUGUGAUGAUGUAGCAGCAGACGGUGGUCUCAGUGUAGGCCAGAAGGCAAACACGGUUGAACAUGUUGACGCCAUUGCAGAUAGGUUUGAGGUGCAAAGGUUGAUUCGCAAGCGAGUUCUCAAGUGUGCCGGGUUGCGAGGUGAGGUGUUAGAAGAAGGUUUCAAGCGCUUGUCAACGAAAUUCGUGAGGACAUGGCGCAAGAAGGUUAAAGGCGGUGUUGAAAUGGUGUUGAGACGGUCAAGAUUAUGUGCACGGGAAUACAAAUGGCUAGAGGCCGACCGCCUUGACAUUUUCAGUCCUGCCAGCAACACUGCCGUGUCGAAGCUGUUGCCGUGGCUGUUUGCUCGGAUGAAGAAUGAGUCUGGUGCUGGUGACGACAAACCAUCGAUGCUUACGCUUGAUGUCAAGGAUGCAUACUUGACGGUGCCGCAGGCUGAGAAGGUCCGAGCAUCCAUGCCCCGUGAUUACAGUGAUCAGUUUGAGUAUGAUUUUGAGAUGUGCAUCCCGGAACAGCGGGACGGGGCUUUGCGCUGGAGAGAGCGUCUGAUCAACUACUUGCGUACCAAGUUUGAGGUGAAAGCCUGCCCAGCACUGAUUUCGAUUGACGGGCAGAACUGCCUUCUUCAUGUGGACGAUUUGUUCAUUGUGGGCAAGCGAUCGUUCUUGCUCAAACACUUUGUGCCAGCACUUGAGAAGGAUUUUGAAUGCUCAGGACAAUCGCCUCUGAGGAAGGAGAGAGUGUCAGUUUCUUGA